UUCUCUUCCCUCCUUUCGUAAGGAAAUUGGCGUCCAACUUUUCAAUACCAGGCCCCAUCUCCGAUCGUUACAUGCGCUCUCAUUGGCAACGAAGACAUACGUCGAACUUCCAGGGUCGACAAUCAGUCUUCAAUUGAUAUCUUCACCGCUCCAUAAUGCCUGCUGGUUGCCUAGUUUUGAAGCUAGAUCCCUUACCCGCCAGCAGAAGCUUGCUUGCAUAGCAAUGUUCGAGUCCGGAUCCUACAAUAUACGUCCAGAAGAACUGAAGGAUGUUAUAGCCAUCUCAUCUCGGAACAGCAUAUUUGUCUCCAGACUGCUCCUAGACGAUCCGGCUUCACUAGAACACAUCAACGAUAUCAGUCGCGUGGUUGGUAAUGUGGGGAAAACCGGUAUGAUCCUGAUGGUCGCUCCGCAGGCGCCGCGCUUGCGCAAGGCAGGCCUAGACGACUUUCGAUUAGUAACGCAUGCGCCCUUCGAUUGGAAAUUGGAAGACAGUUUCAAGGCUACCUCUCUCCAUCUGAGGUUCACUGAAUUUGAAAUGGCCUUCAAUAUCGGGGAGCGAGGUGCUAUUGAUAAGGAUUUGAGUCUGGUUGAGACGCUCGUACAGGUCUAUGAACGCGAUAGAUGGGUCGCCGACAUCGAUGUGCUCCCUUUGUUCAACCCGUCCAAUGACCUUAUUCGACGCAAUCAAGUCUCAUGCGCAGGCUGUUCCAACCACCACAACCUACCUCAUCGACUCCUAUCUGUGGACAACUGGGAGGAGCUACUAGAUGUUCCUGAAGGCCUCGGAAAAUCCAAUAUCGGCGUUGUCAGAGCUUACGACAAUUGGCUAGCUCGUCUUGCGGCAGCUUGUGUGUCCGUGCAGAAAGGCUAUCGCACGGUUAUAAACCCGACAAAGGCGGUGUGCUGGCACUGCGCUUGUAGGAAGAAAUGGGGGUGGAGACAAGACACGAUACUCAGAUCGAGCAAAGCCGUUUGUUGCGAAGAGGAAUAUGACCCAUGCAUCAACAAGGACGAUGACGAUGGCUCGGAUCACGAUUCCGACGAGUCUGAAGAUUCUGACAGUGCCGGUUCUCUGGGGUCUCCGGAAUUAGAGGAGGGUGCAGAGCCUCUGACGGUGGAAGGGCUAGCAGAGAUGGCAGCCACAAAUUCCUUGUCAGGAGCACCUCCAAUGAAGCUGACGGCUCAAGAUGAAUUGCGGAGUAUCGACGACGCUGACGGCUAUGAAUCGGAUGAGACCGUGCUCUCUCUUGAACCGGACGAUGAGGAUGAGGAGAAACGUCGUCACUUGCCACAGGUCUUCAUCAUGUAAUAAUGAUGACUCCCUCAUUCUUCCCCAGGAUGGAUGGCAUUCCUACUCAUCGAUCCAUCUAUUUCUUGGCCAUCUCCUAUAUCCAUGGCCAGCCUCUCAAAUUCUUGGGUUCUCGGAGGUCCCCACACGAUCAACAGGUCCCAUAGCUUCAUUUCCCAAGUCUGUUGUAACUUCUGGCUAGAUGGCGACACUCCAACCCACAUAGAUUCUAACGCUCCAGGCUCUCCGAUUUCCUGCCCCUUCAUCGAGCUAGCAGCGCUUGCCCCGCCUUUUAUCUGGUUAUCGCACUUUCUAUGCUCCGCGUUCUUUCACGUUGCGAACCGAACAUUCAUUUGUAGGACAUAGCAAAUCCGCAGGCCGGUUUGAGCUUCGAUGACAGAUUAAGAUUUCCCUUGAGCAGGAUUGUGUAAAAGUCACAACAUCAUUUAUUUGAGAUAUGUACAAAUUGCGAUGUAUAUAGAUUAUGAAUAAUUGAC